AUGGCUAGUGCUGGGCAUGGAAAUGGACUCAUAAAUGGUGUAGUAUCGAAUAAGCACACUGCUACAAUAUCUGAAGUAGAUGAAUUCUGCAAUGCCCUUGGGGGAAAUAGGCCGAUUCAUAGUAUAUUGAUUGCGAACAAUGGAAUGGCGGCUGUCAAGUUUAUACGCAGUGUUAGGAGUUGGGCUUACGAGACGUUUGGCACGGAAAAGGCUAUCUUGUUGGUUGCCAUGGCUACUCCAGAAGACAUGAGAAUCAAUGCAGAACAUAUCAGAAUAGCUGAUCAGUUUGUGGAAGUACCUGGUGGGACCAAUAACAAUAACUACGCCAAUGUGCAGCUUAUUCUAGAGAUUGCCGAGAUAACUCAUGUUGAUGCGGUAUGGCCUGGUUGGGGUCAUGCAUCAGAGAAUCCUGAGCUACCAGAUGCAUUAAAAGCAAAAGGAAUUGUAUUUCUUGGGCCUCCUGCAGUAUCUAUGGGGGCAUUGGGAGAUAAAAUUGGUUCAUCGUUGAUCGCUCAAGCAGCCAAUGUGCCAACCCUUCCAUGGAGUGCUUCACAUGUGAAAAUUCCUCCUGAAAGCUCCUUGAUUACUAUUCCUGAUGAAAUCUACCGAGCAGCAUGUGUUUAUACAACAGAAGAAGCAAUUGCAAGUUGUCAAGUUGUUGGAUACCCUGCAAUGAUCAAGGCGUCUUGGGGUGGUGGUGGUAAAGGCAUAAGAAAGGUUCAUAAUGAUGAUGAGGUAAGGGCAUUGUUCAAGCAAGUUCAAGGUGAAGUUCCGGGAUCACCUAUAUUUAUAAUGAAAGUUUCUUCCCAGAGCCGGCAUCUUGAAGUCCAACUGAUUUGUGAUCAGUACGGAAAUGUUGCAACUUUACACAGCCGUGAUUGCAGUGUUCAACGAAGGCAUCAAAAGAUUAUUGAGGAGGGUCCGAUUACUGUAGCACCCCCAGAAACGGUGAAAGAACUUGAACAAGCGGCUAGAAGAUUAGCUAUAUCUGUAAAUUAUGUUGGGGCAGCUACAGUUGAGUAUCUUUAUAGCAUGGAAACUGGCGAGUACUACUUUUUAGAGCUGAACCCCCGUCUACAGGUUAAGCAUCCUGUUACUGAAUGGAUAGCUGAGAUAAAUCUGCCAGCAGCACAAGUUGCCGUUGGGAUGGGUAUCCCUCUCUGGAAAAUUCCCGCUGUGCGAGUGACUAGUGAGGACCCCGAUGAUGGUUUUAAGCCUACAGGCGGGAAAGUGCAGGAGCUCAGCUUUAAAAGCAAACCAAAUGUUUGGGCUUACUUCUCUGUUAAGUCUGGAGGAGGAAUCCAUGAAUUUUCAGAUUCUCAAUUUGGACAUGUUUUAGCCUUUGGAGAAUCGAGGGCUUUAGCAAUUGCAAAUAUGGUUUUGGGGCUGAAGGAAAUUCAAAUUCGAGGAGAAAUUCGUACUAACGUUGAUUAUACAAUUGAUCUUCUGAAUGUAAAUUUUUAUCAUGAUGACAAGGGAUUGGAAUCACCCGCUGAUGGUAGACGUUCAUCUGAGUCUAGCUACCGUAUUGGAGAUAAUGGAACUUCAGGGGGGACAAAUUAG